GCCUUAACAUGGAGAAGACACACACCAAAACCGCACUCAAGUUUGUGAAGGCUAGUUCACAAUCUGCAGUCUCGUGGAGCUCUACUUCCAGUGGAAUGACAAAAGACGAACUCAAAGACAGGCUCUUUGGAAAAUCUAAGGCUUCUCAAAAGCCUCUUGCAAAAGAGAACACCAAGCCACAAGAAAUCAAGCUUCGUACUCAAGAAAGAGCCAUCAAGCGCGCAAUGUUCAACUACGAGGUUUCAACCAAGUUGUAUAUCAUAGAGCAACAGAAAAAACAAGCAGAGAAGUUGCAGAAGAUGAUAGAAGAGGAAGAGAUUCGUUUGCUAAGAAAGGAGAUGAUUCCAAGAGCUCAAUUGAUGCCUUUCUUCGAUAGACCCUUCUUUCCACAAAGAUCAAGCAGGCCCUUGACAGUUCCUAGAGAACCAAGAAGUUUCCGCAUCAUGAGCGGCAAGUGCGGAACCCGCAUCUCUUCCAGUGGAUUCUAUGAUUUUCAAGGGAGUCAAGGUCUGAAGCCCAUCAGAUAAAAACCAUGCAUAUAUAUAGCUACGGAAAAAGCUUCUCAAACCUACUCCUCAUGCUUCUUCAUGCAUGCUACUACAAUCUAGUCGUAGAAAACUUCUACUUUACGUGAUCCGUAGUUGUGAUAUGGUACAUCGAUCGUUUAUAUAUAGAGAGUCAUUAGUGAUAAUUUCUUUAGUUUUUCUUUUUCUUCCUUUUUCUUUCUUUUGUGGGUACGUGUUGUUUCUAUGGGAGGAGACGGCUUUUCCUUGGACAGAAUAAAGUAACUAGUCUUUUGACUUGUCAUCCCUUUCCUUAUUA